CAAUGAAUGUUGUCCAUGUGCAACCGGUAGCUAGCUAGGUCAAAUGGGCAUGUCUCUUUAUCGAAAGAAUAAUAACAAUAUUGGACAGUGGUACAACAAUGUAGUUAGCCAUUAGGAAUAGCCAGUUGCAGACCAGAUUUAAACUUAACUCACGUUACCUUGCUACAGCAUUUGCACAAGACAUUGUGCCAAGUGUGUGUCCCUGCUCCGGUGACACAUCUGGCCAACAUGUCCAUGUUCAGCACGGGCAUCCUGGUGCUCACCUCUCCCCUCCACACCCUCCCUCUGCGCAUUGCCCCUGUACUCAGCUCGGCUGCCCAGGUGGUGGAGCGCACCCUCUACGUCCAUCUCCAUCCAGGCCUGAACCUGGGUGCAGGCGGGGGCCAGCCCAGGCCUGUCUUCAUCCAGCCCGUGGUGGAUCUGUCCAGCCUUAUCACCGGGCUCUACAGCAAUGCUGCCUAUGUGUGCGGCCACCUGGACGUACGAGUGCUCCUCACCAACGUCCGCGCCCAGCCCAACAACGCCUCCAGCCCAGAGACAGGUGGGACAGGGGUAGCAUGUAACCCCUUCCCUUCCCCACAGCCCCUCUCCCACUCCCCCGAGGUGGUGCUAACAGACUUCGCCCCGCAGGACCCGGGCCAGUCCCCGCUGGUGGCCCAGUGUCUGCAGAAGUACACGGGCCACUGUUACGUCUGCACGCCCGGCUUGGCCUCGGUGCUACUCCACCCGCAGCUGCAGAAGCUGGAGGAAGAGGUAGAGGAGGGCCAAAAGGACGACUGGGAUAGUAGGUCGGAGCGCAUGGAGACUUACAGUGACGUGGUGGUAGGGGGAACGUUCGACCGCCUCCACGGAGCGCACAAGACGCUGCUGAACAUCUCUUGCCUCUUGGCGAACAAGCGGUUCCUUAUCGGGGUGUGUGACCAAGAACUUCUAAAAAAGAAGGUGCUAAGGGAGCUAAUUGAGCCAUAUGCUCUGCGGGUGCAGCGGCUCCAAGAGUUCCUGCAGGACGUCAAGCCCUCGCUGCAGUACGAGUUCGUACCCCUUUCGGAACCCUUUGGACCCUCCGUUAUUGAUGCCCAGCUGCAAUGCAUUGUGGUCAGCGAGGAGACCCGCAGGGGAGGCGAGGCUGUGAACAAGAAGCGCCUCGAAAAUGGUGUUCCAGGACUGGUGCUGCACGAGAUCCAGCUGCUGAAGGAUGCCCACCACACUGAGAUGGAGGAGGAGAAGAUCAGCUCCUCCAGCCUCCGCUCACGCCUCCUGGGGACCCUCCUCACAGACCCAAAACAGAACAAGUCCCAUCUCCCCCUGGUGCCCUACGUGAUUGGCCUGACCGGGGGCAGUGGCAGCGGGAAGAGCUCCAUUGCCCAGCAGUUGGAGGCCCUGGGUGCGGUCCGCAUCGACAGCGACCAGCUGGGCCAUGAGACCUACCGGCCGGGGGAGGUUGCCUACAACAGGGUGCUGGAGGAGUUUGGAUCAGGUGCGGAUCUUAUUAAUGAGGACAAAACUAUCAACAGACGCGCACUAGGCAGGAAAGUUUUUGGAAACAAGGAGAGGUUGAAAGCCCUCACCGACAUUGUGUGGCCGGAGAUAGCUCUACUCGUCAAGGAAAGGAUCCAACAGGCCCGAGAGGAAGGUAAACAGGUGUGUGUGGUGGACGCGGCUGUGCUGCUGGAGGCCGGCUGGACGGACAUCGUGCACGAGGUCUGGGUCGCCGUCAUUCCUGAGGAAGAGGCGGUGUCUCGGAUCAUGGUGAGGGAUGGUGUCAGCCAAGAGGAUGCUGUGCGCCGGCUGCAGAGCCAGUUGCCCAACACGCAGCAGGUGGAGCAGGCCAACGUGGUGCUCUGCACUCUGUGGGAGCCCGAGAUCACCCAGAAACAGGUACGGAAGGCCUGGGAUCUUCUUCAGAAGCGGAUCCAACAGAGUCGGGAAGGAGCCAAGCCACCGUCCUGAGUCAGACCUCCGCGCGCAUACACACCACAACAACAACAGUGAACUGCACACAUACCGACUGUAAGCCCUGCAAGGGACGAGGGUGGCUCCAAAACUGCCAGGGUGCAAUCAUGUUAGGGACGUGUCUGCCUUAAAAAGAGCACCACAGCGGUUGCUUUGGUGUGCCUGCAAAAGACGCUGAAGCCAUACUUGUGAACUUUAGAAACAGUUUAAAUUUAAACAGUUUCUCCGUCUCAAUGAGCAUCAGCCAAUUAAAAUGAAUAGAACGCUACAUUGUAGCUGGUUCCAUCAGAUAACCUGGCACACGUUAGCCCUAUGCUAACCUCACCAGAUGACAGUGAUUAUUUCCUGGAACAAAAUCCCUCAUCAGCCUAUCAAAUAUCUUAUAGACUUUAUUUCCACCAACCAAUAGACAUGUUGGUUGUUUAGCAACAAAACCGACAAGUACGCAAUUAUGGGACAAAACUUUGAUUGUUGACAACAUGUAAACUAAUUUUGUCUCCAAUAUUUAUUGAAGACAUUAAUACAUUUGCACAACUUUGAUCCAUAUUAGCAUAGACUUUACAUCAGUCAACACCUCAAAACAAGACAUUGUAUCAAGAACAAGAUAAAAACUAGAUGAAACGAGCCACCUACAAUUCCCCACAUGGCAGCUUCUUGUCAUUGUUGCUUGAUAUCUGGCCAUCCAGAAUCACAACAACACCGACUUCUGCCCCAUUGAAGUGUGUGCGUUGUUUUCGUGACGUUGGAAGAGAACCUGUCUUUGGCAUUUCUUAAAAUAGGUCAACCCAGGUCACUAAAGGGAUAUUUUAAACCUACAAAUUUAAGGUUUACUUUUGUUCCCGUUGGUAUGUAACAAUGUUGUGUGCCAAUAUUGCAGUGAUGCAUCCUUGACUAGGCUACUAGUACUAACGUUAGACAAAAUGUUCACGUUUUCAAAUAUGACAAAAUCCCAAAUUUGGCCUGUCCAUUUCACACACAUUCGUGUGCUUUCACAACAGUAAAGAUGUAGGAGGAUUAUACAACAUGUAUGUUUUAUAUUCAUAUAUCGUUAAAAAAAAAUAUUAAAAAGUAAAGUAAAGACACUAUGACUAUUUGGUGGUGUGAACCUCUAAGGCUGUAAGCCCAGAGACUGCAAAGUAUGAAGGCCCAGAGACUGCAAGGUAUGAAGG